UUGGCGCCUCUUCGUCAGUCAUAAGCGCGCAUUCGGACGAUUCGCACGUGGUUCGCGGCGGCAUCACAAUUCUACUGGCUGUUGGCUUGUGCGGUGGUGGUGGUGAUGAGCGGGACUCGAGUGGGACUGCUGUGAAUAAAUCUUACCGUGGGACAUAGUGCUUUCGGCACACGUUUUUCCGACGCCGGAACUAGAAACCGGCAACAAAUGAGAAACGGAUCUUCGUUUGAGCAUAAAUUGUGUUCCAGUGGCAACAACAGUCGAUAGCCUCGCAGUCAGUGACGCGGAUUUACAUUACAUAAGGAAUAAUUGUGGCGGAUGCACCUGCACAAAUAGAUUCGGUUCGGAAUUGGUUUGCAUUUUGUGUUCCCUCCCGCUCCGUAGGGCGAAUUGCGGUGCGGUACAACGACGGGGUGACUCCUAUUGCUGGCACCACUAGUGGCAGGAUGUAGUUACAGUUGAAGAGUGAUGAUUGGUGAUUUUUUUUCUAACUUCCUUGCUGAGAAAUAUUUGAAGUUGUGCGAACACCGGAAAUUCAAUCCGCAUACGGUGGAAGUGAUCUGACGCCGCGCCGGGAUCUCAAAGUGGUGGAUUGUGCGAAAACUAUCCGCUAUCUGUGCUGGAUAAAGUUUCCGGCGACUGGUCGGAUUACAGGAAUACUGAAACAUACAAAAAUACACACACAGAGAGAGACGAAAGAAGUAAAUUGUUUGGUGACGUAAAUUUUUGUUUUCCAAUACACAGUUCUGUGCCAAAGUUUGAGCAAGUGAAUGGUGGUGAACGAGUUCGGAGUUUCAACAAAUUGGCAACAGUACUAAAACUAUCAGAUUUCUGCAGUUCGACCGAGAAACGAUUCCAGAACUUCGAUUGAGAUUGGUUUUCCCAAUACUCCGAUAAAUUUGAUGGGAGCCUUGGCUCCAUGACUUGGCGAAUAAACAUGACCGUCAACAUCGCAAUACAGAACGGCUCGUGUCAGCAGCAAAUCAGCACCGGGCAGCUGCCCUGAGAAUGGAUAAUGACCAGCCGUGGACCGGUGAUUGGUGCUCGAAAAACUACUGGCCAACGUUACGCUAUUUGGUAUCCUGUGCCAACUAUAAUAACAGCUGGACGUCCUACUGGGGACCGGACAUUAUCUGCGAUUACAGCACCUUUUCCGGGUCCCUGUUGGCCACGAUACCGUCUCGGGGAUCAUCGGUACCCCCCCAGCUGGCUCACUUGACGACCAGAAUCCCCCUAAAAGGAAACAGUGCAGCUGGAGGUGGUGACGGCGGCGGCACUGGCAGUGAUGCGGGUGCUGGUGAUGGAGGCAGUUCGGUAUUCCAGUCAGCAGCAUCGAUGGAUGGCCAUUCCGCAGUCGGGACAGCGAUGCGAUGCUUCCAAAACUUGAAGUGUGUGUUGAAAUCUGUAACCCCCAGCAACGAUGACAAACAAACUGAUUCAGCAAUAUCGAGCGUACCAUGGACCGACGCAUUGUACGAGUGCAGUCCGCUGAAAAUGAUGGACAGUGCGGACAACCUGUUGAAGGACUGCCUCACCAACUAUAACAGUACCGUGAUAGCCCGGAACAUCGCGAAACCAGUAUCGGAACUGCUGCUAAAACUGCCGAAACUAUCACUGGAAAUGAUGGCCAACGGCACGGUUCAACCCUGCGGCGUUACCUUCAGCAAUAAUAAUAACAGCAGCAGCAGUAGCAUUGCCGGACCGAGUCGGAUUAGCUACUAUCGGCACCAGCUGGUAUGCAACAACAGUGCUGGUCACUUUACCUUCUACGAGAAUGAUUCGUUCGAUCUGCAGAAUUCUUCGCUGGUCAGCCCGGUCAGCUCGUUAGAUCCACUGCAAUGUUUGCUGAGUAUCGAUUACGACGACGUGAUAAAGCAAUUGGCCGGGUUGGUGUUGGCCGCCAACGGGACAGCAGCAGCAGCAGCCAGCAGCAGCUCGACCAGUGCCGAUUCCCUCUCGACACUCGCGGAGGACGGCGGCGGAUUGACGAUGCGAUACGAGUGGAGUUUCCUGUUUGUAAUACUGUUCAUUUUCGCCGGCGGUCUCGGUAAUAUACUGGUUUGCCUUGCCGUUGCCCUGGAUCGAAAGCUGCAGAACGUAACCAAUUAUUUCCUGCUGUCGCUUGCCAUCGCGGAUCUGCUCGUUAGCCUGUUCGUUAUGCCACUGGGAGCGAUUCCGGGAUUUCUGGGGUACUGGCCGUUUGGCGUAACGUGGUGUAACAUUUACGUGACCUGCGAUGUUUUGGCGUGUUCGGCAAGUAUCCUGCACAUGUGCUUCAUCAGUCUGGGACGCUAUUUGGGCAUCCGGAAUCCACUCGGGAGCCGGCAUCAUUCUACGAAGCGACUGACGGGGAUCAAAAUAGCGCUUGUGUGGUUGCUGGCAAUGCUAGUCUCCAGUUCGAUUACCGUUUUAGGUAUUAUCAACGAAAAUAACAUCAUGCCCGGACCGCGAGAGUGCGUGAUCAACAAUCGAGCUUUCUUCGUGUUCGGUUCUCUAGUCGCAUUCUACAUCCCUAUGGUGAUGAUGGUAAUUACGUACGCAUUAACGGUGCAACUACUGCGAAAAAAGGCCAGAUUCCUUGCCCAGCACCCGGAAGGAGAGCUGUUUCGACGGCUCGGUGGUCGUAUGGCAGUAUCAAAGCACUCAUCUACUGGAGCGGGAGCUGGUCUCCCACUUCAAGCGGAUACGUCCUGUGCAAUUGUUUCCAAAGACUCGCUGGAGCUGCAGAGGAAUAACAUGAAUAAUAACAACUGCAAACAGCAGUCCCCCACCGGAAUGGCGUCGUGGCGGCUUCAUGGGUCAAAUUUAGACCGGAUUGGCAUCAUCUCGGGAGCACACCCGGUAACCGGGUACAGCAACGGUGGAACCGGCGGUCCGGUGAGCAGCAGCCCUUCUACUCCAAUCGCCGGGUCAGGCUCACGGGCAGUUCUGAAGCGGGGCCAGCAGCAGCAACUGCAUCAAUACCACCCGCAGCAGCACCACCAUCAUCACAACCGGCGCCAUCAUCAUCAUCGCCAUUCGCCGCAGCCGGGCGGCACUUGCGACCAGAGCACCCAAACGCCCGAUAGCAUCGAGCGGGAGACGAGACGGCGGCAAAAAUUUCGCUCCUUCCGGCUGAACCUGAACAGUGUGCCAACGCCGAGCAUAAAUUUCAAUCUGAAAUUUCUGGCUAGUAAAAAGCGUAGCAACCUCUCGGCGAACGCGGUGGCCACGGAGCAAAAAGCUACCAAGGUUCUCGGACUGGUGUUUUUCACCUUCGUGUUCUGCUGGGCACCGUUUUUCAUACUGAAUAUUAUCUUUGCGGCGUGUCCCGAAGUGAAAGUCCCGGAACGGAUAGUCAACAUCUGCCUAUGGCUGGGCUACGUCUCAUCGACCAUCAAUCCAAUCAUCUACACAAUCUUCAAUAAGACCUUCCGGGCGGCUUUUAUUCGACUUUUGCGCUGCCGAUGCGAAAAAUCGGGCCGCCCAUCGAGGUAUCGAUCCGUGACCGACAGCCGGGGAACCAUCAGUCUCUGUACCCCGUCGGCACUACCGUUGGCCAUUUCGAUGCAAGGGGCACCGCUUCUGACGCCGAACAGUACUCAAGUGACACCGCUCAGUGAUUUUCGUGGAAGCUACGAGAUCACCGAUGACGAUUGUUAGAUCUCCUCGCUGUACCUGUCCUGAUUGUAUUAAAUGAAGAAAGAAAAUAAGAACAACUAGUAUAUAAUUGGUACUCCUACAAACUAUCUUCCUAAAUUAACGAGAAAACGUAGUAUGUAUGUAUUGAUGUAUUGACGUAUGGACUGCUCAGCAGUUGGACCAGUUGAUCAAAAUAUAACGCAGGUUUUAAAAGCAAACAUUAGUUACCAAAUAGAUCAUAAGUAAAUGAAAUUGUGCGCACAUCCAUCCUCACCCAAAAAUCCCAUUCACUAGUCAGAUGUUUGGAAUUGUAAAACUAAAGCAAUGUAAACCCAAAGUAUUACAGUUACAAUUUAUUAGUGAGCAGAAUACAGACCCUAGCAGUUAGGUCCUUUGUCGAUGUGAAGACGAAAUGAUGUUAAAAUAAAGAUUAUACUGUUUGACGUUUGA